UUUCCUAGCAACACUAACGCCCGGAUGCUGCUUAUGAAAAUGGAGGACAUGAAUAUACGAAGUGGCGUGAAAUAACGCCGAAAAAUAGUGAUUCUGAGUUCAUCCGAGCAGUGUUUCUUAUUUUCUCCCCUGGGAGAAACUGAGAUAUAUUGGAUUAAAGAAUUAAUCAGUUCAAUCAAACCAGGAAAAGCUUAGAUUCCGCCAGUUUGCACCAAACAAAACGUAAACAUGGCGCUAGAAAGAGCUAAGUAUGUGGAAACUCCCGUUCAGAGUUGCAGUAAAACUAGGGGACUCCCUGGACUGCCUCCUCUACCCGGUCAUGUGGAGGAACCCUCAGAUCUGUAUAAGAUUGUCUUGAGGAACAGUGAACACCCUCCUAUCAUGAAGGGAACGUCCUGGACACUGGCUGCCCCAUUCAAGGAGGAAAAAUUUCACAGGACCCCCAGUGAAUCCAUAGCGAACAACUAUACACCAAGUGCUAGUGAUCUCAAGCUAAAAGAUUUGCCAAAGCUAACGAGAACCAAAACCAAAUUGAAUGCAUUAAAAAGUCCCCGAAAACCAGAUGGCCUUACUAGAAGCAAAACAGUGGCUGAUAAAAGCCACAUGAAUGGGCAAAAUGGCAUUGACAAGAAUGGCUAUACCUUGAAUGGACAUGAUGUCCUGCCAGACAUUCAAGAGUUGCCACCCAGUCGGCCAAUGACACCAAAUGAACAGAUGGACAUCAUGAGGGCAAUUGAGGAUGAAGUGCUUCAAGCCACAGGAACUCCCUCAGAACGAGACGAACAGAGAUAUUAUUACUACAUUGAGAAAGGAAUCAAACGUUCCAUGCUUGCCCCGCAACACCCAGAUGUCAUGAAAAGUGUCCAAAUGCUCAUUCCAGAGAGACUCUGCACAAGUGUUGAAUUAAAAUGGCUUAAUGAUGAGCUUUUGGAAGAGGUCAACAAUGACUAUGAAUUGAGUCUCAGGAAAGCUAUAGUUGACUACAUCUUGAAGGAUCCCAAGGAAAAAGAAAGACUUCACAUUGAAUGGACACCAUUGCCUUUUCCCCAAAGGAUAGUGCGAGCUCCUCUUCCAUGGCAUGGAAACUAUAUAGACAUGAAGGAUUACAACACAAAUCAUCUAUUUAUCACAAACCCUAUCAUGUUGGAGCUGCAAAAUAUAUGGUUUGACCAAUUUAGUGACCUGAGGUUUGUGAACCUGAAGGAACUGAUGGAGGCUGAUCUCCCCUUGUUGCCAUCAGAAUUUGAAUCCCUCAUCAAGAAACAGUGCUGGGAUGCACAUGAAGUGCUCAGAAAAAACUGGAUUCCUACUUGUGCCAAAGUGUUUUUGGAUAAGAACGAGUUGUGGCAGCACCUGGUUCCACCUGGUGCGGAUGACUCCACGGAGCUGGUGGAGGAGUUCUUUGCUUGCGUGGCUGCCCUGAUGUCCAUUCAACUCCGCAGCAUGAUCAUCAACUCACUGGCCGACUUCCUGUCUUUCUUUGCCAUCCACAAGAAGGGCAAUGAGUUUGGAGAUGUGUUUGACGAACUACAGUAUGUCCAGACACAAAUAAUGAUUAUCAAACUGAGGGUAGAGGAACCCAAAAUUGUGUUUGAUCCUCCAUUCAGGGAGAUCCGAGACAUAAUCCUCAGAUGUUUCUCUGAGAUCAUCGCUAGUGGAGAGGGGCUCACAAGGGUUGAAUGUGAGUUGUUCCCAGACAUGAGGUCUGCCACUCCCAAACUUCUGCUCCGCAGUGUCAAAAUUGAGGAGAGCCUGGUCACAGACUAUGUAGAUAGGGCUAUGGAAAUCUUCAAACACAACACCGUGGGACCACAAAAAUAUCUCAACACAUACAAGAAAUACUCAGAUCUUCUAAACAACAAUGCUGACCAGGAUGUAUCGGCCUUCCUGCGAGAGACCCACUCUAUUGAGGCUUUCAAAAAGAAAAUCAACAGUUUCCAGGACUUGAAGGACGAGAUCUCGCUGCUAAGAAUUACCGUCCCUCUCAGCAUGUUUUGUCUGGAUUGUCAGAACCUGAACCAGGAUCUGGGUGCCAGGUCCCAGCGUCUCAAAGAGAGGCUCAUCAUAUUUGAAGUGGAUGAAAACAGGGAACUAAACAGAGGUAUUUGUCGUCGUUAUGAUGAAAUGGCAGAAAAAGUUAGUGAUGUUCCUGAUACUACAGAGGAAAUAGUAGGACUGCAGGAAUACCUCAAAACAUCCUCUGAUGUCACAGUCUACAAGCUGAAGGAUGAAAUUGAAGAUGCUGCAAGUCGACUCAUGUUCCUGCUCGACUAUGCCAUCUUUCCAUCUGAGGAUAUAAAGCUGAACAGCACCGUGUUCCACUGGCCAGAUCACAUUAAGACAGUGUUUGAGCUGUCCACCUCCCGAAUCGCUAACCGCCGCGAUCACAUCGAGGAGGACCUCAGGAAGAGAACUCAGGCAUUUGAGGAGAAACUCAACGACUACAUGAAAGAAGUAGAGUCCUUCAAAAAGAAAGAGUUUUUGGGAGAGGAGGCAAUGAGAAACAACACAGAGCAGCUUGCCACCAUCAAUGAGAAUCUGGAGAGAGCUCGAGAUGAGCUUGAACAAAUCAACAAAGAGGAGCAGCUGCUUGAGUGGGAACAGAGCUCCUUCCCGAACCUGCAGACCAUGUUCACACUGAAGGAGCCUUAUGAGAGGCUCUGGAACACCGCCUACCAGUUCCACCAGAGACAUGAACAAUGGCUCAAUGGACCAUUCCAGAACCUGAACUCCGAGGAGAUAGAGAACGAGGUGGGAGACAUGUGGAGGACCAUGUACAAGCUGACCAAGCAGUUCAGUGACCAGGCAGGGCCCCGCCGUGUGGCCGACACCGUCAAGAACAAGGUGGACAAGUUCAAGCAGCACCUGCCCAUCCUUAACACCAUCUGUAACCCCGGCAUCAGGGACAGGCAUUGGGAGAUGAUGAGUGAAAUUGUUGGAACUGACAUCAAACCACAAGGUGAAACUUCUUUGAACAAUAUGCUGGAGUUUGGAUUGGCCAAGCACCUUGCAAGAUUGGAGGAGAUUGGAGCUGCGGCUGCCAAGGAGCACUCCCUGGAGAAGGCUCUGGAGAAGAUGAAGCUUGAGUGGAAGGACAUGAUGUUUGAGAUGAUUCCAUACAGAGAAACUGGAGUGUGCAUUCUGACUGCUCCGGAUGAGAUCCAGGUGCUGCUGGAUGAUCACAUCGUGAAAGCCCAGACAAUGAGAGGAUCUCCUUUCAUUAAACCAUUUGAGCAGGAAAUGAAAGAAUGGGAAGAGAAACUUGUCUCCAUGCAGGAUAUCUUAGAUGAGUGGCUUAAGUGUCAAGCCACCUGGUUGUACCUGGAACCCAUCUUCAGUUCUGAGGAUAUCCUGGCACAGAUGCCAGAAGAGGGACGUAAGUUUGGAAUUGUGGACAGCUACUGGCGGGACAUCAUGACAGAAGCCAUCAAAGACACCCACUGUCUGGUGGCCACAGAUCAGCCAAACAUGCUGAGUCGAUUCCGUGAUGCCAAUGUCUUGCUGGAGGAAAUUCAGAAGGGACUCAAUGCAUAUCUAGAGAAAAAACGUCUCUACUUCCCAAGAUUCUUCUUCUUGUCCAAUGAUGAAUUAUUGGAAAUUCUGUCCGAGACUAAAGAUCCAAUGAGAGUACAGCCUCACCUGAAAAAAUGUUUUGAGGGCAUCAGUCGACUGGACUUCAAUGAUGCGCAGGAGAUUCUUGGCAUGGUUUCAGCUGAAAAUGAAAUUGUGCCCUACAACACAAAAAUCAUUCCAGCCAAAGCAAAGGGUAUGGUUGAGAAGUGGCUUCUGCAGGUGGAGGAUGUGAUGAUAAGCAGUCUGAGGAAGGUCAUCAUGGAUGCAAACGAGGCGUACACAUCCACGCCUCGAAACCGCUGGGUGCUGGAGUGGCCUGGUCAGGUGGUCAUCUGUUCCAGCUCCAUCUACUGGACCUCGGAGGUCACCGAGGCCAUGAAGAAGAAAGGCGGGCUCGAUGAAUAUCUUCUGACAUGUAAUGGUCAGAUUGACCAGAUUGUCGAGCUGGUGAGAGGAAAGCUAGAGUCCGGACACAGAGUGACCUUAGGAGCACUGACUGUCAUUGAUGUACAUGCUCGAGACACAGUUAAGGAAAUGGCAAAAGCCAAAGUAACAGAUCCCAAUGACUUUAUGUGGCUCGCACAGUUGCGUUACUACUGGGAGAAUGAUGUCAUUGUGCGUAUGAUCACCACAGAUAUCAAGUAUGGUUAUGAGUACCUGGGUAACUCUGGACGUCUUGUCAUCACACCUCUAACGGACAGGUGUUACAGAACAUUGAUGGGAGCCCUGAAGUUAAAUCUGGGAGGUGCACCAGAGGGACCUGCAGGAACAGGCAAAACAGAGACCUGUAAAGAUCUGGCCAAAGCUGUGGCUAAACAGUGUGUGGUGUUCAACUGCUCAGAUGGUUUGGACUACAAAGCCAUGGGCAAAUUCUUCAAGGGUCUGGCACAGGCCGGUGCCUGGGCUUGCUUUGACGAGUUCAACAGAAUUGAGCUGGAGGUGUUGUCCGUGGUCGCCCAGCAGAUUGCCAGUAUCCAGCAAGCUGUGGCUGCUCACUUGAAGCGCUUCAUGUUUGAGGGGACAGAACUCUCUCUGGACCCAACCUGUACUCUCUUCAUCACAAUGAACCCAGGUUAUGCUGGUCGACAGGAGCUGCCAGACAAUCUCAAGGUAUUGUUCAGGACAGUGGCUAUGAUGGUUCCAGACUAUGGAAUGAUUGGAGAAAUUUCUUUGUACUCCAUGGGUUUCAUUGAUGCUAGAAGUUUGGCCAACAAGAUUGUGGCUGUCUACAAACUGUGCUCUGAGCAGCUGUCCUCACAACAUCACUAUGACUACGGUAUGAGAGCUGUCAAAUCAGUCUUAACUGCUGCUGGAAAUCUCAAACUGAAACAGCCAGACGAAAGUGAACCAGUCUUGCUUCUGAAGGCCAUUAUGGAUGUCAAUCUGCCCAAGUUCUUGGCCCAGGAUGUGCCUCUGUUUGAAGGUAUCAUCUCUGACUUGUUCCCUGGAGUGGAGUGCCCCAAACCAGACUACGGUGUAUUUAUGGAGGCCCUGAAAGAGAACACUAGGAAGAGGAAACUACAGUGUGUACCAUGGUUCUUGGACAAAAUCAUUCAGGUGUAUGAAAUGAUCUUGGUACGUCACGGCUUGAUGAUUGUGGGAGAGCCCCUGGGAGGUAAAACAAAGGGAUACCAGGUGCUUGCUGAGGCCCUAGGGGACCUACAGACCUCAGGACUGUAUGAGGAAUUCAAAACUGUCUACAGAAUUAUCAACCCUAAAGCUAUCACCAUGGGCCAGUUGUAUGGAUGCUUUGAUCCAGUAUCUCAUGAAUGGACUGAUGGUGUUCUAGCCAAUACUUUCCGUGAGUAUGCCAGCAAUCCAAACACGGACAGAAAGUGGAUUCUGUUUGAUGGCCCUGUGGAUGCUGUGUGGAUUGAGAACAUGAACACAGUAUUGGACGACAACAAAAAGCUUUGUUUGAUGAGUGGAGAGAUCAUCCAGAUGAGCAACAAAAUGAAUCUGAUUUUUGAGCCAGCUGAUCUGGAGCAGGCUUCUCCAGCCACAGUCAGCCGCUGCGGUAUGAUCUAUCUGGAGCCCCAUCAGAUGGGAUGGAGGCCGUUCAAGGAAUCCUACAUGCAGUACGAACUCCCAGAGAAACUGUCACAGGAGAACCGAGACAUGAUCAACGAUCUGUUUGAGUGGCUGGUUGAUCCCUGCCUGGAGUAUAUCCGGCACAAUUGUAAACUGUUUGUCAAUGCCUCAGAGAUGCACCUUGUGCAGUCCAUGAUGAGACUUUAUACCUGUCUGCAGGACGAGAUUAGGACUACAUUGGAGCAUACCCCUGCAGAGGGAGACGAGCCCAAUCCAAAUGCUCUAUCAAAUCAACAGAUCACCCUAUGGAUGCAGGGCCUGUUUCUUUUCUCCAUGAUCUGGACAGUGGGAGGAACAAUGGAUGGGGACUCUCGUAAAAAGUUUGAUGCCUAUUUCAGAAACAUUGUCAAUGGCACUGAUGCAAACCAUCCCAAACCAAAGAGCUGUAAAAUCUCAAAGAGCAACAUGAUUCCUGAGAGAGCCACCAUCUUUGACUUCUGCUUUGAGAAAAAGGCUAGUGGUAGCUGGUGCGACUGGAUGGACACCAUUGACAAGUCCACGCUGGCUAUUCCAGCUUCAGCCAAGGUCAGUGACCUGAUUAUCCAGACCUCUGAGACAGCUCGUCAGAUCUUCUUCCUGCAGACUUAUAUAACACAUGAACAGCCCAUGUUGUUUGUUGGACCCACUGGUACAGGAAAGUCCGCCAUCACCAACAACUACCUGCUGACUCUCCCCAAAGAUGUGUACAUCCCUAACUGCAUCAACUUCUCUGCUCGAACCUCAGCAAACCAGACACAAGGCAUUAUCAUGUCAAAACUGGACAGGAGAAGAAAGGGUGUGUACGGCCCACCCAUGGGGAAGAAAUCAGUGGUCUUUGUGGAUGACCUGAACAUGCCAGCCAAGGAGAAGUAUGGUGCCCAGCCCCCUAUAGAGUUACUGAGGCAGUGGCUGGACCACAACCACUGGUACGACCCCAAGGACACCACCAAACUCUUCCUGACUGAUGUGCUCUUGGUGUCCGCUAUGGGACCCCCAGGAGGAGGGAGGAAUGACAUUACAAGUCGCUUUACUCGCCAUCUAAACAUGAUCUCUAUUGACGAGUUUGAUGACUCCACGUUAACACGAAUCUUCACUAAUAUCACAGACUGGCAUUUCGGCAAGGGAUUUGAUGCUUCAUUUGUCAGGAAUGGAAAGCUCCUUGUGGCAGCUACCAUGGCGGUGUACAAGGAUGCAGUAACCAACUUCUUGCCGACUCCAUCCAAGAGCCACUAUGUGUUUAACUUGAGAGACUUUGCGCGUGUGAUUCGGGGAGUGUUGUUAGUGCCCCAUGAGAAAAUGUCGGAGAUCGAUAAAUUACACAGACUGUGGGUGCAUGAAGUUUACAGGGUAUUCUAUGAUCGUCUCAUUGAUAAACAAGACAGGGAAACAUUUUUCCAGAUUGUAAAGGAACAGUGUUCAAACCAUUUUAAGGCCAACAUAGAUAAAAUAUUAGGCCACUUGUCCAAGAGCGGCUCAGUGGUAGAUGACAAUGUGCGUAGUUUGUUCUUCGGAGACUACAUGCAAGCAGAGGGAGGAAAAGCUUACGAUGAAGUCACCGAUCUAAAAGAACUAACCUCCACAAUGGAGAACUACUUGGAUGAGUACAAUUUGGUCAGUAAGGCCCCUAUGAAGCUUGUCAUGUUCAAAUUUGCCAUUGAACACAUUUCUCGAGUCAGCCGUGUUCUACUGCAAGAUAACGGACAUUGCUUGCUUGUUGGUAUUGGAGGCAGUGGACGACAGAGUGCCGCUAAGCUGGCCACGUUUAUGGCUGAUUACGAUUUGUUCCAAAUAGAGAUUACCAAAAACUAUACAGCUAAUGAAUGGAGAGAGGACUUAAAGAGGCUGUUGAUGAAGGCUGGCAGUGAAGGGAAGCCCAUAGUGUUCUUGUUCGCUGACACCCAGAUUAAAUCCGAGUCCUUCAUGGAGGACAUCAGUAUGAUCCUCAAUACUGGAGAUGUCCCUAAUCUGUUUGCCUCUGAUGAAAAAGCAGAACUGAUAGAGAAGAUGCAGGCCAUCGCUCGUAAUGAGGGAAAGAAGAUAGAUGCCACUCCAUUGUCUAUGUACAACUACUUCAUUGAUAGAGUCAAGCAGAAUCUCCACAUUAUCCUGGCCAUGUCCCCUAUCGGAGAUGCGUUCCGCAACAGACUCCGGAUGUUCCCAUCCCUCAUCAACUGCUGUACCAUAGACUGGUUCCAGUCUUGGCCUUCUGAUGCUUUGGAAAUGGUGGCCAAUAAAUUCUUAGAGGAGGUGGAACUAGAGGAUAAUAUUCGUAAAGCGAGUGUGUCCAUGUGUAAACAUUUCCAUGAAAGUGUUCAGGAACUCUCCAUAGUAUUUUUUGAGAGACUAAGAAGACACAACUAUGUCACCCCCACAUCAUAUUUAGAGCUUAUCAUGACCUUCAAGGCCCUCCUGGGCGUGAAGAGGGACGAGAUCCUGACCCUCAGGAACAGGUACCUGACUGGGCUGGAGAAGCUGGAGUUUGCUGCCUCCCAGGUGUCCGUUAUGCAGGAAGAGCUACAAGCCUUACAACCAGAGCUGAUCAAAACCUCGGCCGAAACUGAAAAACUGAUGAUAAAGAUAGAACAGGACACGGUGGAAGUGGAGGCCAAGAAGGAAGUGGUGGCAGCCGAUGAAGCGGUGGCUAACGAAGCCGCUGCGGCUGCCCAGGCCAUUAAGGAUGACUGUGAGAGUGAUCUGGCUGAAGCCAUUCCUGCAUUGGAGUCGGCCAUUUCGGCAUUGAAUACUCUGAAGCCUGCAGAUAUCACACUGGUCAAAUCCAUGAAGAAUCCACCUCCAGCUGUGAAACUUGUGAUGGAAUCUAUUUGUGUCAUGUUGGGCAUCAAAUCAGAGAGGAAACCUGAUGGAACUGGAAAAAUGAUUGAAGACUUCUGGGGACCAUCUCAAAAGUUGCUAGGGGACCUUAAAUUCCUUGAUCGUCUCAAGGGCUAUGAUAAAGACAAUAUUGCUCCACCCAUCAUCAAAAGGAUCAGAGACAAGUACAUUUCUAACCCUGAGUUUGACCCAAUUCUGAUUAAGAAUGCCUCUACUGCAUGUGAGGGUUUGUGCCGGUGGGUCAAAGCCAUGGACAUCUAUGACAAAGUGGCAAAAGUUGUAGCUCCCAAGAAAGCGAAGCUUGCUGAGGCUGAAGGAGAAUUGUCUGUUCAGAUGCAGAAACUGGACGAGAAAAGAGCUCAGCUGAAAGAGGUCACAGACAAGUUGCAAGCUUUGAACGAUGAGUUUGAAGCUAUGACACAAAAGAAGAAAGAGCUGGAGACAAACAUUGAUAUCUGUGAGAAGAAGUUGGACAGAGCUGAGAAGCUGAUUGGUGGACUUGGUGGAGAAAAGGACAGAUGGACAGAGGCUGCUCGUCUGCUUGGUGAGAGAGUCACCAACAUCACCGGGGACGUCCUUCUGUCGUCUGCCACUGUGGCAUACCUUGGAGCCUUCACCAUUGACUUCAGACAGGAUGUAGUCAAAGAAUGGCACAAGAUCUGCAUCAGUAAAGAGAUCCCAUGCUCGGAGAGUUUCUCCCUCAAUGGAACACUGGGAAAGCCUGUCACAAUCCGGGCCUGGAACAUUGCUGGUCUGCCUGUUGAUGCCUUCAGUGUGGACAAUGGUAUCAUUGUCAGCAGCUCCAGGAGGUGGCCCCUCAUGAUUGAUCCUCAGGGUCAGGCCAACAAAUGGGUGAAAAACAUGGAGCGCAGCAAUAAGCUUGGAAUCAUCAAGCUCUCAGAUGCAAACUAUCUGCGAACGUUGGAAAACUCCAUUCAGUUUGGUACACCUGUCCUUUUGGAGAAUGUAGGGGAGGAGCUUGACCCAAUUCUCGACCCAAUCCUUCAGAAGCUGACCUUCAGACAGCAGGGUGUGGACUACAUCAGGCUGGGAGACAACGUCAUUGAGUACUCCAAGGACUUCAGACUGUACAUCACAACCAGCUACAGGAACCCCCAUUACCUGCCGGAAAUCUCUGUUAAGGUGUGCUUGGUGAACUUCAUGAUCACCCCACAAGGUUUGGAGGACCAGCUGCUGGGUAUUGUAGCAGCUAAGGAGAAGCCAGAGUUGGAGGAGAAGAAGAACCAGCUGAUUGUGGAGAGUGCAGAGAACCAGAAAAAGCUCAAGGAAAUCGAGGACAAAAUCCUAGAGGUCCUCUCAAGCUCAGAGGGCAACAUUUUGGAGGAUGAAACAGCCAUCAAGAUCUUGUCUUCGUCUAAAGUCCUGUCUGAGGAGAUUUCAGCCAAACAGGAGAUUGCUGUACAGACAGAGAAGGACAUUGAUGAGACGAGGAAUGGCUACAGACCUGUGGCUAUCCAUUCCUCCAUUCUGUUCUUCUGUAUCUCUGACCUGGCCAACAUUGAGCCUAUGUACCAGUACUCACUUACCUGGUUUAUCAACCUGUAUUUACAGUCAAUUCAAAACAGUGCUCCAUCUGAUGAUUUGGAGGAGAGAAUCUUCAACCUAAACGACGACUUUACCAACAGCAUCUAUAGGAACGUGUGUCGCUCUCUGUUUGAGAAGGAUAAACUCCUCUUCUCAUUUGUGCUGUGUAUUGGCAUCAUGAAAGGACAAUGUCUUAAGGACAAGCGGCUUCGAGUGGAUGAGGAUGUCUGGCGAUUUUUACUGACAGGAGGCGUGGCCUUAGAAAACCCCAACCCCAACCCUGCACCAGAAUGGCUGACAGAGAAAUCCUGGGGAGAAAUUGUCAGAGCUUCUAAUCUACCAAACCUGAAAGGGCUGUGGGAGCAUGUCAGGGACAAUAUCAAUGAGUGGAAGAAGAUGUAUGAUUCCCUCACCCCACAGGAACACAAAUUACCCUCCCCCUUUGAUGUCCUGGUGGGACUGGAUAAAAUGGUGGUCCUCCGAGUGUUCCGACCAGACAAGGUGGUGCCUGCUGUCCAGGACUUCAUUGUGGACAAUUUGGGACAGUCCUACAUUGAACCCCCAACCUUUGACCUCCCGGGGUCAUUUGCUGAUUCCAAUUGCUGUGCCCCACUUAUCUUUGUGCUGUCACCUGGUGCUGAUCCCAUGGCUGCUCUGUUGAAGUUUGGUGAAGACCAAGGGUUGUCUAGAGCAGACAACACCAUCCAGUCUAUUUCACUAGGUCAAGGACAGGGUCCAAUUGCUGCAAAGAUGAUUGAAAAAGCCAUUGUAGAUGGAACCUGGGUAGUAUUGCAGAACUGUCACUUAGCAACAAGUUGGAUGCCCAAACUAGAGAAAAUAUGUGAAGAGGUCAUUGUACCAGAGGCGACACAUGAAAGAUUCCGAUUAUGGCUGACAAGUUACCCCAGUGACCAAUUCCCUGUGUCCAUCCUUCAGAAUGGAGUGAAAAUGACCAAUGAACCACCCAAGGGACUUAGGGCCAACCUUCUGAGAUCUUACCUCAAUGAUCCUAUCUCAGACCCCAGCUUCUUUGGAGGAUGCAAUAAGCCCCAGAAGUUCCACAAGAUGCUGUUUGGUCUCUGCUUCUUCCAUGCCUUGGUGCAGGAGAGAAGGAAGUUUGGACCUCUUGGAUGGAAUAUACCUUAUGAGUUCAAUGAAUCUGAUCUGCGUAUCAGCUUGCGUCAAAUGUUGAUGUUCCUGAAUGACUACGACGAGCUUCCCCUCCCUGCUCUCACCUACUUGACAGGAGAGUGUAACUAUGGCGGCCGAGUGACAGACGACAAGGAUCGCCGUCUGCUUCUCUCCAUACUCUCCAUUUUUUACACAGAAAAAAUCAUCACCAACCCUGACUACAAGUUCUCUCCCAGUGGUUUGUACUAUGCCCCAGAAGAAGGUCCCCACCAGAGUUACAUUGAUUACAUCAGGACCCUUCCCAUUAAUCCCCUCCCUGAGGUCUUUGGUCUCCAUGAGAAUGCUGAUAUCACAAAGGACAACCAGGAAACUCAGCUGUUGUUUGACAACAUUUUGUUGACCCUUCCUCGCCAAGCCAGUAAGGGAGGCAAAUCCACAGCUGAUGUCAUCCAGGAUCUGGCUGCAGAUAUCCUUGGAAAAUUGCCAAAGGACUACAAUUUGGAAUUUGUGAUGAAAAAGUACCCUGUGUUGUACAAUGAGUCCAUGAACACUGUGUUGAGACAAGAACUCAUCCGCUUUAAUCGUCUGACCUCUGUGGUCCGCGCGUCCCUAAUCAACCUCCAGAAAGCCAUCAAAGGACUGGUGGUCAUGUCUGCUGACCUGGAGGAAGUGUUCCAAAGCAUGCUCAUCGGAAAAGUCCCCUCGGUCUGGGCCGCCAAGUCCUACCCCUCCCUGAAGCCCUUGGGAAGUUACAUCAAUGAUCUCCUAGCCAGGCUGAAGUUCUUUGCGGACUGGAUUGACAAUGGUGCCCCUCCCACUUUCUGGCUCUCAGGAUUCUACUUCACUCAGUCUUUCCUGACAGGUGUGUCCCAGAACUAUGCCAGAAAGUACACAAUUCCCAUUGAUACAGUCGGGUUUGAAUUUGAAGUGCUAAAGGAAGAGAAACUCAUGGAAAACAAACCUGAGGAUGGUGCUUAUGUAUAUGGCCUGUACAUUGAGGGAGCCCGCUGGGAUAGAGACACCAUGCUGCUGGGAGAAUCCCUCCCCAAAAUCCUCUUUGACCAAAUGCCUUGUAUCUGGUUGCAGCCCAACAGAGUAGAGGACUUUGCUGUAAAGAAGACUUACCGCUGCCCGGUCUACAAGACCAGUGCCAGGAGGGGGGUGCUCUCCACCACUGGUCACUCCACAAACUUUGUGCUAUUUAUAGAAAUCCCCACAGACAAAUCGGAGAAUCACUGGAUCAAUCGGGGCGUGGCAAGUCUGUGUCAGUUGGAUGAUUAGGCAGUGAUACAUGGAUGUUGCUUCAAAAACUUUUUAAAGUAUUAUGUGUAGAUACAUGUAUUGCUUGUUAUUAUGGUGUUUUUUUUUAAGAUAUGUGCACAUGGAUAUUUUGUCAGUUUUUAAUACAGACUUUUCACAAAAUUGUUAAAUGAAUUCAUGUUGUGUUGUUGUGCCAAUCCAUGAUUUUUUUUUUUCUGAAUCCAACAGAUAUAUUUUUAAUUAUCAGUGCAUUUACAAUAACAUGUAUUUGAACCAAGUUGAAUACACUUGGAAUAGAUAUACUUAUCUAAUGAUGCUGCUGAUCUAAAUGAGUCAUCUAGUGAUUUAUAACUAUCCAUAUUUAUAACUUAAUUUAUUUCACAUGACUGUGUUUGUCUUUUGAAUUGAUUAUACUGUAGCUGUGCCUUGUUGAAAACUAUGAACUGUGAUUUUACCGUCCAUGAAAGCAUCCCUCCAUUUGCCUAUUGAUUUAAGCAGGGAUUUAUGUUGUGUGUGUAUACAUUAGGAGAGCCCUAUAUUUGUAAUCCCUACAGCUGUUUUGUGCUGAAAUCAGUCAGUCUGUGAUAUUCCAAUAUUAAUGUAACAUAUACUAAUUUUUUUUGUUAUUUACUGUUUUUAAUGAUGUAGGAAACAUUCCGUCCCUGUAUCAAACAAACUAUGAGGGUCUAUUCAUGUCUCAAUUUUUUUCGUCUAUUAAAUUCUAUUUUCCUAUAUUGUUUUAUUCUAAAAUUAUUUACAAGAAAUAUAUAUAUUUUAAAACUCAUCAUCUUCAUUGAUUGUUAGAAUUGUGUGUUUUGCUGUUAACCCCCAAAAUACUUAUUCACUGCUAAAGUAAUAUUGUAUACAAACACUGGAACUUUCUAUUUCAUUUGAUGAAAUGAUCAUAUGCAAUUUCUGAUUUAUUAAUGCAGUCUUCCUACUACUGUUUUAUUCUACAAAGUAAUUCUUGAUGACUGCUGUUGAAUCAUCUUUGCCUGUCUGUCCAUAGUCUUGUUGUUUGAUACUGUUGGCUGUGAAUAAAACAUACACAAAUUUAA